AUGCCAUCAGUCCACAUCAGAGUCGAAGACGGAGCUCCGUUAGCAGCCGGUUUCGAAAUACCACGGCGUUACACACUUUAUGUGAAAACAUCGUCUCAAGCCCCAGUACAUGUCAAAGUCGAAGAAGAUGCAGCUCCACCAGCAGCCAGUCCCGAAAAACCACGACACUACCGUUCCUUUUCAGCCUUUACCGAAAAAUGGUCUCAAUCUCCACUUCGUGUGCCAAGUCCCCUUGCUGAAGAAUUUUACCGGUCUACUAUAGUCAAAGUGGAGGGCGAAGAGGCUUUAGUACAUAAGAAAGGGCUGCCACUUCUGUGCCAUGAUUGUGAGCGGUCGGCUGACUUGAUUGACAAAAAGAAACCACCUUCCGAAACCCCUCGCGAUUUGGCUUCGCAACAGCCAGUCUCCGCUAUCAAGACGGAAGCAGAACCUUCACCUGGAUUCUACAUCCCUACAGGAGCACACAAAGCCAAAAGUACAGCGCCAUCUGCCUCCUCGAAAAUCAACCACCAGAUCUCCCCUACCACAGAUCAUUCUAGGUUAUACCACGAAGCGCGGAUCCCGGGUCGCUGCACUGGCACAUCGUCACCAACACCAUGCCGCCCUAAUACCGAACUUUCGUACCUCCUACCUGUCACGCCAACACCCUUCAGCACACCGAAUGCCCCCGUCAAUCCCUACAAUCGUCCAGCACAUCUACAUUGCGUACCCGGCUCCUUGCUCGAAGGUAUGAGGAGGCGGACAAAGUGGGGCAACAGGGACAUCAGAGACAACAAGGACGACAAGGAGAGACUUGCCAGACAGGCAAAGCAGGAAAAACGAGCAAAGCAGUACAAAAAGGCAAAGCAAGCAGAACCCGUAACGCAAUUGCGAUCCGCGCCUCCAUCUGAGAAUGUCGCUGAGAACCAGCACGAGAAUCCAAACGAGGGAGCAAAGAACCCAGAACAUGGCAAAACCUGUACAUGGUACAAGAUGCCCUUUUGCAGAUGCUGCGUGUGCAUCAUGGUAGUUGGGUCAAAGCUUCUACGUAACGUAUUCGUUCCGUCAGUGGUUGCUGUUCCCCGUCCCCAUCGAAACACAUCCAUGAUACCAACGCCAAAGGGGUGGGCCAGAAGGAAGAAGUGGUGGCAUUUGCAGAGAUGCAAACAGCCUCGACAGAACGUCGAGAGGCUGGUAGACGAUGAGUCGCAUGCUGUCAGGCGGAAUGAGUUUUAUGCACCGGGUAGAGUAGUAGUGGAUAGGGAGGUGCGAGUAGCGUGUGAGCGGUGGUCGAACAGAGGGCAGGAGUAA